GCAUAAGUAAAUAGCUUCAGGCGAGCAGAGGAGCACAGGCUGGAGUUUUGCUCUUACACUGGAUCCGAGACAGAGCUGUUGAACUGUACUAAAGAGGAUCAACUGAACGGGACUUCAAGUGCUUCUUCUUGCUGGUGUUUCUUUUUGGGUUCAGCAAUCAGCACAAUGGUGGUCCUCAUUGCACUGGACGCCACCGACAAGCGCAGGAGCACAUUCAGGCUUCGCCAGAAGAUCUCUAAGCGAAGCACGCGGAAGCAGAAGUGAGCCUAAAUCACAAGCCACAAAAAUACAGCUGAAAGGAAGCCAAAGAGCUAAGAGAGAAGUCGUCAGUGAAGUCUGCUAAGAAGUCAGGCCGAACAAGAGAGCCUGCAGGUUGGUUCCCACAGCACCUGUCUCCUUGGGGUCUAGGGACCACGGUCAGAUUGUUUAGUCCUCUCUGUUGGGAUUCAGGAGAGAAAGUGGCUGGAGGAAGCGUGUUGAUUAUCUCUACAGUUCCCCUGCUGAUGGCGGGUGUCCCUGCUCGUUUCCUGUUGUGCCCAUUUCCCCCCACAAAUGCAGAAGGAGGAGUUGUGGCACAGUGAAAUGGGCAGGUCUCUUCGAGGAGGGCGCUACCGUGGUCUUGAGGAGCUAGUGUGGAAACUAGAAUGGGUCUGUUGAAGCAGAGAACUGGGGCGUGCCAGCUCUAUUGGAGCAUGCUCCUCCUGGCUGCAGGGUCCUUUUUCUUGUUGCUCUAUGCCCUGAUGUGGGAAGCUGGGAACAUCAUCAAUCUUCCUCACAAAAGGAUCGGCUUCUACAACUUCUGCCUGUGGAACCAGACGUCUGGAGAGCUGCAGUGCCUAGAAUUCAAGGACCUAAUGGACAUGGGGGUUGACCAAUUUGAGCUAGUGCUGGCAAGGUUCUGUGUAUAUACUGUCCAGGUCCUCUGUAGCUUCUCCCCCUUUUUAAUCAUGCAGGCCCAAUAUGCAAACACCAGAGAGGCCUGGGAAGUGACGCUUGUGGUGCUGGGCCUCUCAGCUGCUCUUCUGGCUGGUGGCCUUGGCUUGUUUCUGUUCCAGGCCUGGGUUUGCAUUCAACUCUCUGAACUCAGUGGGGGUUUCAUGGCACUAGCUGGGGCUCAGGCCCUGCUGCUGCUCCAGCUUUUUGCUGCUGCUAUGUACCUCACACGGUUCAAGGAGGUUCUUGAGAAGGGCAACCCUUCCCCUGAGGAGCAGCCCCCAGCCUUCCAGGUCUGAAGGCAGAGAGGGAGGAAGUUGCAGUGCUAGCUUGUGGGAAUUUACCAAUCAAGUUUUUAUAAUCAUCUGCUAGUCAGACUAUAUAGCCAGCUCUUGUGUACAGCCUUGGGCCGAAACGCUAUUCUAUGUCUAAGUUUGUCAGGCAGUUCACAGGGCCGUCCCUAGGAUUUAUGGGGUCCAAUGCAGUAUUAUUAAACUGGUGCUCCUAUGCCCAACGGCAGCUUGGGCUUGCAGCCCGGGGGGGGGGAGAGACGAGGCAGCAAAGAAUACUGAGCCACCCGGCCUGCCUCACAGCGGCGGAGAGUUCCCUGCAGAGACCCCAGUACCCUCUCCCUCACACAGAAUGGGCCGCGCUGGUGUCUAUAGCUCUGUGAAUAUGGCCACUGCCUAAAGAGACUGCAGUGCGCACUGGGUGUGCGGGAGCCGACCCGCUCUUACCUGCUGUCAUGGACGGUGGGUGAAGCUGCAGUUUGGGGAGGCUAGCUCCGCAGCCCACCUGUGGCCCCGCCCAUACUCCACCCCUGCUCUGCCCUGGGCCCUGCCCCCACUCUGCCCAGGCCCUGCCCUCUCCCCCUCCCCCCCCUUCCCUUCCCUUCCCUUCACCGGUCACCCCUUUCCAGCCGAAUCCCUGAACCCAAAUGAAGCAAAUGGCAUUUGAAAAAAACACUCUUCUGCAAUUUCUUUCUAAAGAUAAUAGAGCAUGUUUUCCACUGUAUGCCAGAAAGUGAAGACUGGACAUGCAGAAGGUACCUAAUUAAAAGCACUAAACUUGGGAAUAAAAAUGUCAGACACAGGUUUU